UUUUUUUUUUUUUUUUUUUUUAUUCCACACUUUUAAACAUCACACCAUGACAACGGCAGCUCGUCCCACAUUUGAUCCCGCACGAGGUAAUGAUAGCAAAGCACCUAGUUUCCAGUACAGUGCUCGAGACAUUGCCUCGCAUACGAAGCUCAAGUUCAGACAACCUGGACAAGGCACUGUGGAUGAAAUCGGUAAUCGCGAAGAGUUAUUAGCCGAGUUAAAAAGAGCGGAACAGGAAUACUAUGAAGAGAAGGAAGGAGGACCGUCUUCUUCAAGGUUGAUCCGACAAGACGAAGAACCGAAUCAUGAAAAGCAACAAUUGAUGGCUGAAGCAGAGAGGUUAGCCAAGCUAGAUAAAGACGAUAGUGAUCAAGACAGUGAUGGGGAUGCAAGUAGCAGUGACAAUGAUGAUUCAGACGACGAUGAUGAUUCCGAUGACGAUGACAAUGCAGCAGAAUUAUUAGCAACACUAAAGCGUAUUCGUCAGGAACGUGCUGAAGAAAAAGAACGUCAAGAGAUUAAAAUCAAGGAAGAGGAGCAGACCGAAAAAGAGCAAGAGGCAAUGGAAGGUAAUCCUCUCUUAAAUAUCGGACAGGAAAAACGUGACUUUAGUGUGAAAAGACGUUGGGAUGAUGAUGUUAUUUUCAAAAAUCAAGCAAGAGGUUUAGACGAUAAACCUAAAAAGAGAUUUGUCAAUGAUAUGUUGCGUUCUGAUUUUCAUCGCAAGUUCCUUCAUAAAUACAUUCAGUAAAGUACAUGAAAAUGACGUGGUUGUACAAAGCUGGGCAUUUUUUUUUUUUUAAUUCUGUACCGUAUGCUGCGGUUCCUCCACUCAACGUGCCAAAAAAAAAAAAUCUAUAAAUACUAGUCUAUUUUUUGUCGAUCCCUCUUUCUUUUCUUUAUUCAUUCU